GCAAAGCAGUAUCGCUGUCAGUGGUGAACAAAAACAUCUAAAGUCAGCUUAAAGUCAUCAACCUACACUGUUUAGGCAGCUUUCCCACGACGCGACUCCGAAAUCCGCCACACUAGCAGAAUCUGGCGCUCGGUUAACCACAGGAGUUUGUCACGAAAUGUUGUCGUCAUCAAAGUUAGCUAGUAUAGCUGCUAAAAUCACGACGUGGUGCUUUCUUUCCUGUUGCUUUUUCGAGCUGGACACCUAAAAACACACCCAAGCAGCUAUGAUGAGUACAGCUUGGAGCACAUGAGCAACCUUAUGGCCAGCAGGAGACAGAAAGCCGGGGACGAUGGAGAGCGGAGUCUCAUAGGACCUCCAUCUAGGCAUGUGGAUGAGAAUCUCCUAGACCGGGAUGCCCCCAAGCCGCUUUUUGUCUAUUUGUUGGCGUUUUUCUCUGCCUUGGGGGGAUUCCUCUUUGGGUAUGACACUGGAGUGGUUUCUGGAGCCAUGAUUCUCCUCAAGAAAGAGAUGAACCUGAAUGCUCUGUGGCAGGAGCUGCUGGUUUCCAGUACUGUGGGAGCUGCAGCGCUCUCUGCCCUGAGUGGAGGCUACCUGAACGGGUGGCUGGGCCGCAGGAUCUGUAUCCUUGUGUCCAGCUUUAUCUUCACUGUCGGUGGCAUCAUCUUGAGUCUUGCCCCAGACAAGGUGGUCCUCCUUAUUGGCAGAAUUACAGUUGGUUUGGGCAUAGGCAUUGCUUCCAUGACUGUUCCUGUGUACAUCGCAGAAGUUUCCCCUCCUCACCUACGAGGUCAGCUGGUCACCAUCAAUUCCCUCUUUAUCACUGGUGGCCAGUUCAUUGCCAGUGUGGUUGAUGGGGCUUUCAGCUACCUGAGACAAGACGGCUGGAGGUACAUGUUGGGCCUUUCCAGCCUUCCUUCUGUGCUGCAGUUCUUCGGCUUUAUUUUCCUGCCGGAGAGCCCCCGUUGGCUCCUCCAAAAAGGCCGAAGCCUAGAGGCUCAUCAGGUUCUCAGCCAGAUCAGAGGAGGCCAGAACAUUGAUGAGGAGUAUGACACCAUCAGAGCCAGCAUUGAGGAAGAAGAGAAAGAUUUAGAUGGAGGUGGGCCUGUUAUUUUCCGUAUCCUCAGGCACUCGCCGACUCGUAGGGCUCUCAUCGUUGGUUGUGGGCUCCAGAUGUUUCAGCAGUUGUCUGGGAUAAACACCGUCAUGUAUUACAGUGCAACCAUUGUGCAGAUGGCUGGGGUGCGUGAUGAUAAACAGGCAAUAUGGUUGGCCGCAGCAACUUCAGCUACCAACUUUGUGUUUACCUUGUUGGGAGUCUGGCUUGUUGAGAAAGUGGGUCGCAGGAAGCUGACCCUGGGCAGUCUUUUAGGAACUGGUCUGAGUCUGGCUCUGUUGGCAGUUGGGUUCUUGCUAUCUGCCCAGAACUCUCCUCCUAUAACCCUCCACCCAUUAGACCCCCAAAACUCAACCUGCAGGACAUAUGGGUCUUGUGAAGGCUGCAUGCUGGAUCCGGAUUGUGGUUUUUGUUUCCUUGAAAAUGGCACCAAUGUGUACGACUCUUCCUGUGUUCCUGUCAAUCAGUCAUCCACGGAUCAUGCAGCCUGGGGAAGGUGUUCCAAUGGAACAGAAGCAAGUGACAAUCCAAUUUGGGCGUACAACUACUGUCCUUCAUCUUACUCCUGGAUUGUUCUUUUUGGCCUCAUCCUCUACCUUGCAUUCUUUGCUCCAGGUAUGGGCCCCAUGCCUUGGACAGUGAACUCUGAGAUCUACCCACUUUGGGCGCGCAGUACUGGCAACGCCUGUUCAGCUGGGGUGAACUGGAUCUUCAAUGUCUUGGUGUCUCUGACGUUUCUCCAUGUUGCAGAGUUUCUUACUUAUUACGGUGCGUUCUUCUUGUACACGGGCCUGGCCAUGCUGGGUCUCAUCUUUGUACUGGGCUGCCUCCCAGAGACCAAGGGCCUACAGCUGGAAGAGAUCGAGAACCUGUUCGCAGGUCAGCUCUGCUCCUGUGGAGAUCCUUCACCCAACGACAAUCGUCAUGUCCAAUACAUCCGGGUAAAAGGCAGCAACUACCUCCCCUCUGACAACGACGCCUCAGAUGUAGAGUAGACUGGGAUGAGUUCGCUUUCCACUCUGUCCUUUGGUUUUGCUGGGAUGGAUGCUCUUGCGGGGAGGAAAAGGUAUUCACGGUUCCCCACUGGUGGCUGUGAUCGAAUGGGACCAAACGCAGGGUAGAGCUCCCCUGGGGUUGACUUUAACUGGCGCUUUCUUUCAUUUAAGCAACUUUUUAAAUUUUCUUUUUAGUUUUACUUCUGCCUUUAUCUCACCUGGAAAUCGGGUUGCUUUGCAUUUCUUACUUUUGAAUAUCCUCCUUAUUUCUCAUCGUCAUUUAUGCACUAAUAAAAAGGGAAUAUUGGUGUCUACGCAGUAUUGCUGUGGGCACAGUUAAUCUGUGACAGAUUGCUGGGAUCAGAAAAUCCUUGUUUUACAAACUGAUCAGACCACAAUGAAAAUGAGUGAAAUAUUUCCAUUUUCUUGGAGAGAAACCUUUUAGAAACAAGCCUUUUGUUGUUGUUUUGUUUUUGUUUUAACCACACAGUUGGUUGAUGACUCCUCGUUUACCUUCACAUAUUUCAUUCCAUUAAGUUGCGUGAUUUCCAUCUGACCAUCCAUCUUUUAUAAACUACAAAAAUGAGAUACGGGCAAAAAUAUGAUUGUGGUGAAAUUAUAAGGAUUUGAGAAUUUGAAGAUCUGUGAAACUGCUUUCACUGAUUUCUGCCAUACUUGGACGUUUGCACAUCUUUUCGAAAUCAUUAACAUGGGGUUAUUCCUCCAAUCAGCGCUGGUGUCAAAAAUACUAAUCACGUGUUUCUGUUGUCAACUAGAAAGUGGGCGAGUUUGCACUUUAAAGUCUUUUAUUUUUUCAAUAAAUAAUCAAAUAAAGUGAUAAAUAAACUAUAUGUUUCCUACGUGCCAGAUUGCUAUAGCAAGUUGUUGUUUUUUUAGCAUGAUUUGGAAUUCAGCCAAGCAAACUAUGGAGCCGUGGAGUCAGACAGUGCCAUAGCCUAUAUAACUGUAAGUAAUGCAUCGAGGUAUUAAAGUGCUACAAACUUUGAUGUUAUGUUACAGUACAAAGAAAAAUGCCUUUUUGAUGUUCAAAAUGUUCAAUUUCAUAUCUUUGUUGUUGCAGCUCAGAUAAUGGUGAUCAAGAACAACGUCCCACAGAGGGCUUUUGUACAGAAUGUCCUUUUUGCACUGGGAUACUUUGAUAAGUACCAGUUUGCUUUAUUGGCACUAAUGGCAUCUACAAAUAUUGAGUUCUUGUUAAACAUUUUUCAUACGGCCUUAUUUUUUUUGUACAUCAAGCACAGGCUAAGAUGUAUUUGGAAAUUGUACAAAUCAUCCGCAUGGAAACAUGAAAAUGCUUGAUACCUAAAACUACAUUAUCUGUAGUUACAGAUCCAUUCUGCUUUUGUUUGAAAUGAAUGGAUUUCCCUCCUGUGCUGGGGGAAAAAAGAAUAGACUCAUGACACUACCACCUUUGUAUGAGACAGUUUUCCCUCAGGUGAACAGAGCUGAUUGUCUUGACAGCUUCGAGGGGAAAGCAUUUCAGGUUAAAAGGCCAUAAAUGAAUUUUAUGGAUAAGUGAGAUGAUCAGCAUUUUGUAUAUGAAAACUUGACUGUUUGCAAAGUUACAAUAUAUGUGUGGUUUUUUUUUUUCUUU